GAUUUCAUUUACGGAAAUUAAUUAGGUCACGUGAUAUGCCAAUAUAAAAGCUUUGCUUGCUGCAUGCAGCCAUAUUAAAAACACGAAGAUUCGUUAUAAAAGAAAAAAAAUAGUAAAAUGCCUGAAUAUGGACGUGGUGGAGGUCGAGGCGGUAUGCGUGGAGGUCGUGGAAGGGGUGGAGGAGAUGACUACCUUGACCCAGAAUCCGAACAAUUCCGUAAAUUAUUUAUUGGGGGUCUCAGUUAUGAGACAAUGGAAGAUGGUUUAAAAGGACAUUUUGAAAAAUGGGGUGAAAUCGUUGAUUGUGUUGUCAUGAAAGACCCCAACACAAAAAGAUCUAGAGGAUUUGGAUUCAUCACAUUUAAAGAAGCUGCCAUGUUAGAUGAAGCCCAGAAAAAUCGACCACACAAAAUAGAUGGUAGAGAAGUAGAAAGUAAAAGAGCUAUGCCCCGUGAAGAAUCUGGGCGACCCGAAUCUCAACAAUCUGUUACAAAAUUGUUUAUUGGUGGAGUGAAGGAUGAUACAACGGAAGAACAUAUUCGUGAUACGUUUGGCUCAUAUGGUGACAUAGAAAAAAUUGAUCUGAUAACGGAUAAAGCCACGGGAAAAGUUAAAGGAUUCGCUUUCGUUACAUUUAAAGAUUACGAUUCAGUCGAUAAAUGUGUUUUAAAAAAGAAACAUGAUUUAAAUGGUCGACAAGUGGAAGUUAAAAAAGCUCUGAAUAAAGAUGCUUCAGGUAGAGGAGGUCCUAUGGGAGGACGAGGUGGGGCAGCAGGAAUGGGAGUUAUGGGAAGUAGAGGUGGUAAUUGGGGUGGUAACCAAGGUUACGGUGGCGGAUACGGACAAGCUCAGGGUGGAUACGGAGGAGGUGGAUAUAGUGGUGGUUAUGGCAACCAUCAUGGAGGUGGAUAUGGAGGUGGUGGUGGCUAUAGCAACAACUGGGGUGGACAAGGUGGUGGUGGAGGCUAUGAAAGUGGUUAUGGUGGGGGAUACAACCAAGGUGGAGGAGGAGGAAGCUGGGGAGAUGGUGGUUUUGGAUCAGGCUAUGGAAACAGUUACGGAGGUGGGGCUUUGAAAGGAGGAAAUUUCUCUCAGCGGGGUCAGGGACCUUACGGUUCUGGAUAUGGUGGAUCAGGGGGAGGUCAAGGUCACUAUGGUGGUGGCGGUGGCGGUAAUUAUGGUGGCUACAGACGUUAAUACAUCAUCCAAUCAAACGGCUCUAUCUACAGGUAGGCAAUAAGAACAAAUAUAUCGCCGAAGAUCUUGUUUAAAGAAGUGUUUCCAAGAAAGCUGAUUAUAGUCUCUAAUGUAUAGAAAGAUGAGAGUUAACUCCCUUUACUUUAAUAUAUAUAGAUAUAUACAUAUAUAUAUAUAUAUAUAUUUAUAACUGAUUAUGGGAAUACAGAUUUGUUAAUGGGUGUAGGAGUGUAAAUAUAUUUAAUCUUUCAAAAAGUGCAAGUGAAUAAUUCUGCAUUAGGAUUAAGAAAAGUGCUAGAGAAAAAAAAAAAAUGAAAUCAGAUCUUUUUUGUGUGAUAUAAGCUCGAUUCAUCCCCCUUACUUGCCUGUAGAUUUAAGCCAUUUUUGUCAUUAUGUCAUCAACAUUGUCAUGGAAACUAGCACUUUAGACUUUAUGUGAGUUUUAUUGUAUGUUUAUUGUUUUUUUAAUGUCAUCAUUAUUGUCAUGUAUCUUAUCAUCCUCUCAUCUAUAUAAAUAAUAAAAAAAAUCGAAAACAAAGAAAACGUCAAA